GACGUAUCGGCAUUUAGAGAGAGAGAAAAUCUCUUUAUAUAUGUUGUGUGGUGUCGGUCUGUGACGAGUAGAAAAUAAUAUACAAAAUCAAAGGUUUAGAAGAAAAAAAAUGGGUGAGGAAAAGAAGCAGCAGCACUUCGUGCUAGUACAUGGUGCAUGCCACGGCGCGUGGUGCUGGUACAAGGUUAAGCCGCUUCUCGAGGCCUCCGGCCACCGCGUAACCGCCUUAGACCUAGCUGCUUCGGGUAUAGACACAACCAGGUCUAUCACUGAGAUCUCCACAUGCGAACAAUACUCUGAGCCAUUGAUACAGCUCAUCGCCUCAUUACCAAGUGAUGAGAAGGUUGUGCUCGUUGGUCAUAGCUUUGGAGGGUUCAGCUUAACCAUGGCCAUGGAUAAGUUUCCAGACAAAAUCUCUGUCUCAGUCUUCGUGACUGCUUUCAUGCCCGAUACCAAACACUCACCAUCGUUCGUCGUGGAUAAGUUUAAACGGGAGACGCCACCAGAAGCAUGGUUGGGCUCGGAGUUAAAACCAUAUGGCUCAGACAAUUCCGGUGUGUCAAUGUCUUUCAGCACUGAGUUCAUGAAGCACGCUCUCUAUCAACUUUCUCCUGUUGAGGAUAUUGAGCUUGGAUUGCUUUUAAAGAGGCCCGGAUCAUUGUUCAUCAACGAUUUAUCCAAGGUGGAGAACUUUUCGGACAAAGGGUAUGGAUCUGUUCCUCGAGCUUACAUUGUGUGCAAAGAGGACAAAACACUUACAAAAGAAAUUCAAUGGUGGAUGAUCGAUAAUUUUCCGACGAAACUAGUGAAGGAGAUGGAGGACACAGAUCAUAUGCCAAUGUUCUGCAAGCCUCAGUUACUAAGUGACUAUCUCUCGGAAAUCGCGGAAAAAUUAGCUUAAAUUAUCUUGUUAUAUGAAAAUGUAUUUGGAUACAAAUAAGUGUUGUCCUGCAAAUGGGUCUUUCUAAAGAUCAAGACUUUUAUCGCGUUUAAAUGUUUGACAUAAUUUAAAAUAAACUUAACAGUCAA